AUGCCAGCAGAAGCUUUCCACCACCUCAGUCGUGCUCAUUUUACAAUCGCAAUUAUAUGCCCGCUUCCCCUGGAGGCAGAAGUGGCGAUACCGCUGUUUGACACGGUCUACGAUAGAACUGUCUAUGAAAAAUACGGGCCUGUACGAAAUGAUCCCAAUCACUAUACGCUGGGCCGCAUUGGCUGUUACAAUGUGGUUCUGGCCCACAUGGGUGGUUGUGGGAAAGCCGAAUCAUCCAGCGUGGCCAGUAAUAUCAAACAAAGCUAUCCGGGCAUCGAACUGACCCUUCUAAUAGGGAUCUGUGGAGGAGUGCCUUACAGGACGGACGUGGGUCCAACACAACGCAGGAGAGAUGUUUUCCUCGGCGAUGUGAUAAUUAGCAGCGCGAUUAUUCAAUAUGAUUUGGGGAAAAGACUUUCGCACCGAUUUGUGCGCAAGAAUACGUUAGAGUCCAAUCUAGGGCGAGCGAGUCUGCAGAUCCGAUCAUUCAUGACCCGCUUAGAGUCGCGUCAUGGCGACCUCUCCAAAGACCAACAGGGGCAUCUUCAGACUAUACAAGGUAGCAAGGAUGUGCCAUAUCCUGGUAUUAAAAGCGAUAUCCUAUUUAAAGCUGAAUACAAGCAUCGCGUACGCUGUCUGUGUAUGAGUGAUGCCAGCGGGGACCCAAGUGUCGUGGACCGCCGUCGUGUGGACUCUGAUGGGACUCCGUAUAUCCAUAUUGGCCGGCUUGCCUCUGGAGAUACUGUGCUGUGCUCUGCCAAGGAUCGAGACAAGAUUUCCAAGCGCGAGGAAGUUCUUGGUUUUGAGAUGGAAGGGGCUGGCGUAUGGGACAAUAUCCCUUGCAUCCUGAUCAAAGGAGUAAGCGACUACGCUGAUAGCCAUAAGAAUGAUACUUGGCAAUACUACGCAGCUGCGAGUGCAGCGGCUUGCAUGCGUGCUCUCCUGGAUCAGAAUCCCAUUUCGAAUGUGACAUCAUCAGCGGGCCUGGCCCAGGAUAUAAUUGCCUCCCAGUUAAAUCCGCGAAAAAGACCCGCAGAGACUUCUGAAGACUCCAGUAACGAACGGGAAAAGGCGUGCCUUGAUCUGUUAACUUUCCCCCAAGCCGAGUAUCGAGUGGACGAGAUUAUGGAUCCCCUCAAUACGACAUGCACUUGGGUAUUAGAACGACCAGAAUAUGAAACAUGGAUGAGCGGGGAGGAUUUAAAAAGUCACGGAGGAUUUUUCUGGAUCAAAGGGAAGCCCGGAGCCGGGAAGUCGACGCUCAUGAAACACCUUCUUUCAAAGGCAAAGCAAACUGGAAAAGACACAAUCAUCUCCUCUUUCUUUUUCCAUGCCCAAGGGGUGGACUUGGAGAGGUCCACUGUGGGUAUGUAUCGCUCACUCUUGCAUCAGCUUCUCUCGUCUACUGCCGUUCCAUCGAGUGCCAAACAGCCCUACUUUAGCUUCGCAGCGAAGAUGCUAAGUCAAGAUGACGGCAUAAAUUGGACAAUCCGAGACUUGAAACAUCAGCUGUUAUCACUCAUCCGAUUGCUGAACAACCGCUACGUGUUCUUCUUUAUUGAUGCUCUGGACGAAUGCGACCAAGCCGAGAUGGAGGACAUGAUACCGUUCCUCGAGCACUUGGGGCACUCUUUGAAUGCAUGCGAUGUUCAUUUGAGAAUCUGUCUGGCAAGCCGACACUAUCCACAACUCAAUAUUGAACGUGGCAUUGAGUGGGUCUUGGAGUACCAGCAGGAGCAUCAAGGCGACAUGCGGAAGUACGUUGAGACGAAAUUGAAAGGGGGCAAGUCAAAAAUGCUCCAAGAGAUUAGAAAAGAAGUGUGCGCCCGAGCAUCCGGUGUAUUUCUCUGGGUUAUACUUGUAGUUCGAUCGCUAAAUGAUGCGUUCGCCAAGGGCAAAAUCCACGCCGUACGUCAACGGCUGGAUGAAAUCCCAGACGGGCUUGAUGAGCUUUUCACCGAUAUGCUGACCAGAGACACCGAGGAAAUUGAUGACCUUAUCUUUUGUCUUCGACUCAUCUUGUUUGCACAACGUCCAUUGUCCAAGGAUGAGUUCUACUUCGGGGUGAUGUUUACCAAAAACGGCUUGAUCAAAAGAGAAGGCGAAUGGCACAUUGAUCCGCACAUUGAGAACUUCAUCCUCAACGUCUCCAAAGGCCUCGUGGAAAUUACCCGCACCAAAGCUCGCAUAGUACAUUUCAUUCACGAACUCCAGGCUGGGUCGAGCGCGAACACAAUCGGGAACGCCCAUAACGAGCUUGCAAAAAUCUGCUUUCGAUACAUCUGUGAAUACAAGCUCCUGGCCGCAAAUGGCGUUCCAAGACGCUAUGAAUGGCUACGCUCAGCCAAGAGCUGGUAUCUGAAUUCAGAACACCCUUUCCUCAAUUAUGCUAUCCAUAGCCUCCUGCCUCACAGCAAUGCGGCUGAGGCUGGAGGCAUUUCGCAAGCUGCCUUCCUGCAAAAGUUCUCUUUGUCAUUCCAGGACUUCAAGGACAUCCGCAAUGCCCUUGAGCAAUGUCUCAUUCGUCAUUAUGGACCCGAGGUGACGGCUCUAUACGUUCUAGCAGAAUUGAACUUGGACCACCUCAUCCGCCUGGAACUUCUACGUACGCCACAGAUGUGGAAGCAAAUGGGAAGGUAUCACAGCCCAAUGGGUGCGGCUGUCUACUUGGGUAAUACACUUGCAAUCAGGGCCUUACUUGGUUGCAAUACGAGUUCAGUUGCCUCUGUCGACAACUCCUUGCUUGAGGCUGGGGUUAUUGAUCGUAUGAAACAAUAUGUGGUCAACAGCAAGCGAAUCAAGAUGAAAGAGGUUCUAUGGCUUUGUAUCUGGUGGAGUACGCUAUUAAACGUGGUCAUGUAG